GUAGGUUGUCACGAGUGCACUGAUAUAAGUAGGACACGUGACACCCGGGCAACUUUGAGAAAAAACACUUUAUAUCGGAGCCUGUUGUUCAUACGCGUAUCUGUCCUCUCAUUGGCUAGAAUGCUGAUCUUGCCUCCCCCUACUGCCUUCCAUUUUAUAAGACAUUUAUUUGAAUUGUUAGAGCGGCCAGUUGAGUAUCUGGUGGUCAAUAUAAUUGAUCGUCUGUGGUUUCAUAGCCCCAGAGCCAUAUCCGCCCGAAGUUUACCUCUACAUUAUUUGCUAUCGUGCACCCCCUACUGGUGUUGACUGGGAUCACACGCACUGGCACUAGCAGCAGAGAACCAAGCAGCUGCCAACGCCCGGUGAAGUAAAUACCAGAUUCAGUGAGGAAAAGACAAAAGUAGACAGCACAAAUAUGCAGACGAUUAAAUGUGUUGUGGUUGGUGAUGGAGCGGUGGGAAAAACCUGCCUUUUGAUUUCAUACACAACCAACAAAUUCCCCUCUGAAUAUGUACCAACAGUGUUUGAUAACUAUGCAGUAACUGUCAUGAUUGGUGGUGAGCCGUACACCCUAGGAUUAUUUGAUACUGCAGGUCAGGAGGAUUAUGACAGGUUACGACCUUUGAGCUAUCCCCAGACUGAUGUUUUUCUAGUUUGUUUCUCUAGUGUUUCACCCUCUUCAUUUGAGAAUGUUAAAGAAAAGUGGGUACCUGAAAUCACUCACCACUGUCCCAAGACACCAUUCCUUCUCGUUGGAACUCAGAUUGAUCUGAGAGAUGACCCUUCCACAGUAGAGAAGCUGGCCAAGAACAAACAGAAGCCCAUCAGCCCUGAGAUGGCUGAGAAGCUCGCCCGUGACCUGAAGGCAGUCAAAUAUGUUGAGUGCUCUGCCCUGACACAGCGAGGUCUGAAGAAUGUAUUUGAUGAAGCUAUCCUAGCAGCUCUAGAACCUCCUGAAACCCAGCGAAAGAGAAAGUGCUGUCUGUUCUGAUGAUAAGCGUCUUUUAAAAUCUUGCUUUGCCUCUGAUCGUCUGCUGCUUCUUUAAUGUCAAGAAAUUACUGUCUGUCAACUAACCAAGUUGCUCUUUUAAAACGUGUGCCCAUUAACUGCUUUCAUUUCAAUGUCUGAUUUAGUUUUGACUUACCCUAAUCACAAUAGACUAUACUGCCUUGGCCUUCAUGGCAAGGAUGCCAACACUUUCAUUUUAGUACUUAAUCUGCAAGUUUACAUUAGGCUGUAGCUAACUUUGUGUGUUCCUUUUAAAAUAUAUUACCUCAGUAUUUAUAUGCUUCGGUUCCAUUCAACCCUUCCAGGAAACAUUUCUGUGCUGUCUAAACAAGUAUUAUGAGCUUCAACUAACUUCAUGUUUUUCUAUCACAUCAAUGUAUUUUUUUUCUACUACUAUAUCAAAGACCGUAACUAAACAUUAUUGAAAGUUUAAGUUUGCCAUUGGAGGUUAAGAUCUUUGCAAUCUUGAAUGACUAAAACCUGUUAUGAUAUAUGAAUAAAGGAUAGUUUAAAUUACAACUCUCCCAGUUCAGUCAAAUUUGUUUUUAUAUUCAAUCAAUUACAAUAGUUGUGGUUACACACCGCAAGGUUGAAAUGUGUAUUUGGUACAAUCAUGUUUUGUGUUUGCAGAAAGGACUAAAGAAUGUGUUUGAUGAGGCAAUUCUGGCUGCCCUGGAGCCUCCGGAACCCAAGAAGAGGCGCAAAUGUGUGCUGCUCUGAGCAUUUCCUCUCCUAUUGGUUAGCGCAUUUCAACAACAUUACUUGGACAAAAGCAAACCAUUGUUGCACAAGAGUACUUCAAUCCUAUUGGUAACUGAUACAAAUACUUAAAAAAUGUUUGCAAAGUAGUGUGCGUGUGGACUUAAUUGAAAUAGAUUGAUCUCUACUAGAUCCUGUGAUAAUUACCCUCUCUAAAAAAAAUAGUAAACUUCUUUCCUAGAGCCAUCUCAGUAUUUAAAAGUUAAGACUGAAGCCACCAAUCUGUUUGUCUGAAGAGUUCAAGGGUCAGACGCAAAGCUGAUGAUUGGGAUCAGUGACAACAGAACAAACCCCUUUCAUGUUGAAGAGUGUCAGGGCAGCGUUGCCAGUGAUUUAUAAAGAAUUCAUGUUUUUAGGUGUAUAUAAUGCCUUUGUGAACACCUGAUGUUAACAUAAAUCCCCCUUCAACUGGGAAAGUGAUGGCUUCGGUAAGUCUGUAUUGAACAAUAUAUACAGAAUGUCAGGGCUGUAUAGUAUUUUAUUAAAUGCCUUGUCUGUCACAUUGUACGGUUUCUGCAUUCCAGGCACUUAAGUCUUAACGCAAAUUGUUGCAGUGUAAACUCAAGACUUUUGCUUUAGGAAAUAAAUUGUUCCUCUGACAGGAACUACACCUUACAGUAUAUUUAUUUGUUUUAUACAAAAUAAGACUCUUAAUGUUGACAAAAUGUGAGAAGUGCAUUUCUUUAAAUGUAUCAACAUAAUAAAGCUUAGAAUUCUCAAGUGUG